GGAAUUGUUCUAUCGAUGGGUAAUCAUACGGCAAAUUUGGCGAUACAAAUGGCCGGUUCAGCUUGUUUAUAUCAUUUAUGCAAAUUGAAGCGUUCAAGAACGUUGACAGCAAUGGAAACGCGACGAUGUGUUGAUAGGUGUUUAGAUGCGGCUGAGAAACAUGCAAAAAUAUUACAAUUACAAAAGAACGUGUGGCUAACAAUCUGCAACGAUCAUCUGUUGCAAACACAAAAUAUUGAUAUGUAUCGAACUUGCGCAGUUGCUCUGGAAGCGAUGGUCAAUACCAGGGAUCCAUCAGUGUCGAGAAUGACGAUCGCUAUUGUCUCAAUCUUGGCACCAAAGAUUCCGACCACUCAGAGUCAUGCGCUAGCAACGAAUCAUCGUUAUGUGCGUUAUCUGAUCGAUGUGAUUCGUGAGAAUAUUCCUGCAUCGGAUGCGCCGAAUGAUAAUUUCAAUGAUUUUACGAUCAAAUUCACUCUAUCCGCAUUAUGGAACUUAACA